AUGAUGAUCGUCAAAUCUUCCGAUGGCAAUCUCAGCCUUCACGAUAUGUCCAGUGACGCACAAGGUGCUGCCUCGAGCGAUAACCAACAAAAUCUAUUCACUCCAAAUGUGAUCGGCACACAUGCUAACGGUGUUCUUCGAGCGCAGUUUAUUAGAAAGAGAAAUACGGGUGAUAAAAAUGACAAGUCAUUCGUAGGAAAAUGUUGGAAAAUGAUGUUCCCAGUGUCGGGUGGACAACUUGACGAGAAUGGCAACAUUAUUGCCCGCUCUAACACCUUUUUAGUGUCUGAUAAGGAAGUUUGUAUAAAAAGCUGCCGGGAGGAAAGAAAGGAAGAAGGGAGCAAGGAAGCUUGCCAAAGCUCCUUCCGUCAUCCAGCAGAUUGCACUGGUGACGACUGUGAGUACGUAGCUUCCUGGACCUACGAUAAAUCCGCCAACGAUGUUCGCUUCGAGAUUUCGAGCAAAAACAUCGGCCGGUGGACCGGAAUUGGAUUUUCCAAGUGA